UGGCAGAUUCUAUAGAAUCAUACUGCAUAGGUUUUCAGUGCCACUGUGUCAAGCUGUCUUGCCAAAAGUUAGAUGGGGAAAAGGGGCGGAGAAAUGUCUGAUCCAGAGUGACCCUGCCAAACCUUAAAUGUGCUUGGUACACCACAGAAAAAGCUCUGAGAUGCUCAGAGAAGACAGGCAGAAGAUACAGUCUGCUUGGUUGAUUGAUUUCACUAAUGACCUUGUAUUGAUGCGCCUUUUUUGCCUGGGCUUCUUUUACAGCGAUUUAAAAUUUAGGCACCACCUGUUGCUCUGAAUCUACAGCAAGGCCACUGAAUAUCAUAAACGACUGGAAAGCCGGAAAUCGAGUUCUUUGCUCUGAAGCAGUUGUAGGCAAGAUGUCCACGGGUUCGGUGAGUGAUCCUGAAGAUCUCCAGGAGCUGUCAAUCACUCCCAUGGACACACGUUCUCUAGAAGACUCAGAAGACGAGUUUAGUAUCGAUGACAGUCUGAAAGCAAAGACCAAACAUCCUCGAGCUGCUGCCAACAACAACAAGCAACAAAUGAAGAUGGGGAAGGAUGGCAGACAGUCUCAGAGAAACGCAGCUAAUGCCAGAGAGAGGGCACGCAUGAGGGUUCUGAGUAAAGCGUUCUCGCGGCUGAAGACCAGCCUGCCGUGGGUACCGGCGGACACCAAACUGUCAAAGCUGGACACGCUGCGUCUGGCAUCCAGCUACAUUUCUCACCUCAGACAACUCUUGCAAGAAGACAGAUAUGAGAACAGCUUCGUGCAUCCCGUGAACUUGACCUGGCCUUUUGUGGUCUCGGCACGAUCAGAGGACACCAAAGACAUUUCAGCAGCGGUCAGACUAUGUGGAGCUACAGCAUAAACAUCUGGCACCUCUCUGUCUUUUAUCCCCCUCCAUCUCUCUCUCUCUCUCUCUCUCUCUCUCUAUUUUUA